AUGAUGAUAUUCUUAGUCGCUCUCGGAAUUGGAGCAUUGUCCGGCUCUAUAAUGUUUAUUAUGCUACCUCAAGCUUUUGGUGUGUCGAGCCUGAAAUCGUCAGACUAUUUGCUGAAGUCGUGGAUUGUACUUGGGGCGUUAUAUGGAUUUUUUGCUGUUGAUAGGAUACUUCAAUGUGUUAUAGAGGCCAAAAGACGAGUAAAGUGGCAUCUGAGGCGUGACAAAAUAGAUUGUGGUGCAGCCAAAUAUAACCCCUACUGUUCAGAAAACGUUAUUUUCAAUGCGGAGCAUAGUAGAGAAUUAGAACAUGAAAUUGAUGAAAUUCAGCUUUCGAGUCGUCGCCGAGUACCAUUUGUGAUCACGCCAAACGAAACAAAUAAUAAUCACUCGCAAACUUUCGAACUCUCAACUAUAGACGCUAUAUAUCCUCCAAAAAGUCACAAUACUCUUCAAGUUCCUCAAAUGGAGAUUCAAGAAGAUCGAAUUAGCGUAUCAGUUUCGGUUGUUGAAAAAAUUGAAGUACCCCAAAACAAGGUAGGCGUUGCAUCUGUUGCCUAUAUGAUUAUUAUUGGUUCUGCUGCAAACAACUUCGUAGAUGCAAUGAGCAACGGCGUAGCUUUUGCUGAUUCUCUGGUACGAGGCCUGAGCAUUGGAAUUGCUUGCAUUGCACAACAGUUUCCUCAAGAAGUUGGAACACUAGCAAUUUUGGCACGAAGCGGCUUGGGUUUGAAGAAGACGUUACUGCUCAGUUUGAUACCAGCAACAUUGAGUUACAUCGGUUUUGCUGUAGGAGCUGUUGCUGAAGAUUUGAGUGAAAGCGCAGACAAGAUUGUCUUUUCAGUUUCUUCCGGAAUGUAUUUGUAUAUAUUUUUAGGAACACUGAUUCCAGAAGUUAGAGAGUCAUUUAAUGAGAUCGUCAAAGGUGAUGUAAUAGAGAGCAUCGUUACGACAGUUCUUCAAGCUUCUGGCGUUUUGAUAGGUGUUUGCUUUCUUUACGUCAUGGCGGUUUACGGGAAAGACAUUAAUUUAUAG